AAUGUUGGCUGUUUGAAGGUUUCAAUACAGGCAGGAAUUGAUCAAAAUAAUAAUUACCACAGCUUUUUGUAGAAAAAAAUCUUCCUAUUUCAUACAUUUGCCAUCUUUCUGUUCUUUCCAUUCUGACGUCUGUAACAAUAUAACAUGUAUUGAGUAAGAGUAAAGGAGCAGCUACAGAGGAAAACUAUUUCGUUUCCUUCCCUCGAUGACAUUUUCUGCUGAAUACAGAAGCUACUUUGAAAGUCUAAAGAAGAGCACGUACUCCUCUGAAAGUUUUCCCUUUGAAUUCAGUCAGGAGACCGCUUACUGACUCGGGUUUCGGGCCAUACAUUGAGAGCCCCCUAACCCUAACCCUUAAAUUCUACAAUAAAAUAUUAUUUAAGUGCUUUUACUUCAAAAUGCUGUGUGUUAUUUAAUCUGCUACUUGAAGUUUGUUAGUAAUUAUAAAUCAUCAUAUGGAUAAGUAAAUGUUAUCAUUCACGCCAAGUAAUAUUUACUACCCUUCUGUAUUGACUGCACGACCAGACACAAUGAAGUAAAGUUUACUGGGGUAACUGGAGUGAAAUUCGAAAACCUCUUCCUGCUCAGCCAGUGACGUCCGAGGACAGUUAGCGCUCCUUUCAGACAAUAGGGUAGACACUGACCAGAGCAGCAGCACUGACCCAGGAGGACAGACAGCACUGACCCAGGAGGACAGACGAGACAGUUCAUGGAUGUGAAGCCACUGGGAACAAAGAGGAGUUAAGAAGGAUCACAUCAAUAACUUGGAGAGUCUGGAGAGGAACUCAUCAAGGACUACCAGCAAGGAAGCCAAAGAGGACUUCUCUCAUCAUGACUUUAAGAUCUGAAGGAAAUGCAGCACAGGAAGGCCACAACCCCUGACCAUCACAAGGGAAAAGAGGUACUGGACUCUGAAACAGUUUUUACUGGAACAGAGGAGUUCAAACUGGCAGGCAGAUCGAACUGUAUCAGUGAGGCUCCACCAGGCAAACAUGAAAGUCCUGAACAAAGAUGAACUAAAGGUUGCUGAAGGAGUUCUGUUCAAACACCUACCAAAAAGUUCUAAGGUCUAUGGCUUCCUCUAUGGUAUUAACAGGAACAAACCAAGUACACUGGAGGUGGUUGUUGAUUCGUGGCCUGAUUUUAAGGUCAUCAUUUGCAGACCUGAUCCCAAGGUCAAGCUUGCACUGCAGCUCAGGAAAAAGGUGUCAUACUACAGCAUGGAUGCACAGGUUUUAAAGAAAUUGUUUACAGAGGAGAAUGUACUUGACUGGAGUACCGAUUUCAUGGUUGGAGGACUCGACAAAUCCAAUGAGCCCACUCUCAAAGAAGUGUCUUCUAUCAGACAAGUUUCCAUCAGACCCUUUGUAUUGGUGCAUCUUCUGUAUUUGGCAGACAGCAGCCAUCUUCUCACACCAACAGUCGGCAGUGAGCUUGAAUCAAGGAUCUCAUCUCUUAACCUUUCCCACGUUGACUUGGUGAAUAAAACCUGGAAGUUUGGAGGAAACGAGCAAGGUUACAACAUGAUUAAAUACUACAUUGGCAACUUUCCGACAUGCUGCAUCACCGACAGACAGGGUCAGCCGGUGUCCUGGAUCCUGGUGUAUGAUUACUGUGCCAUGGGCAUGUUGUACACUCUUCCAGAGCACAGGGGGAAAGGAUAUGCGAAAAUCCUGGUCAGCACCAUGGCCAAGAGACUCCAUGAUGAAGGCCACCCAGUCUACUGCUUCAUAGAGGAGGAGAGCGUGGUCUCCUACAGGCUUUUUAAAAACCUGGGCUUUACUGAAGAUCCUUCAUACAGGGCGCAGUGGUUUGACAUCAACGUUUGAUUUCAAAAGUUUUGAAUGUGUAGCUGAUACACUGUCACAGGAACUUGUAUCUGUAUGAAUAAAACAGGAAUGGAAUGUAAUGGUAAAAAAUGGAAGUUGUUUAAAAACACUUUCUGUCAAUGCUGUUGCAUAUUGUGCUUUUUAAAGAUUUUUGAAAUAAUUAUCUUCUUGAGCUUCAAAUUUAUGUAAACUUUUACUGUUUCUCCAAAGCUAUGCAUCCAGAUGUGUAUUUUAAUAAUAAUAAUAAUAAUGAGGGACAUACUGUAAAUAAUACUAUUUCAUUUUUAUAGCAGAUUAUUCAAAUAAAAGUGAUCUAUCCAUCCA